AUGGACGACUUCGAGUACUACUUCCUCCCAAAUGAGGAGGAGUCGGAGCAGGUGAAGGGAGCCAAACUGGAGCUGCACAAAGUGCUGAAGCGAAACAGAGAAAGGCACAGCAAGGUGAACAAGCCGAUGAAGGCGGCGUCCAAUGUGAUAUCUCUCCUUGGGGGGAAGGAGGAUGCGUCGAAGGGGAAGAUGGAAGCAUCUCCCUCUUGGGGUGAUGGGGAGAAGGCCCCCUGGAGAGGCACGCACCCCUCGGAGAGAAGUGGAGAAGAUUACUCCAAAAGGAGGAGGAGCCACAAAGCAGACACGAGGCUCAAAGCAGGGGGAGAGGAACAGUUCCCCAGUGAAGGCCCCCCAGCAGGUGAAAACUCAAAUGAAGACCAUCAAGAGAUUGAGGUGAAUGUGAAAAGGAGAAUUCAAUCGGGUGAUAGCUUAGGGGAAGCGGCACUGGAGGGAGGCCGAAAGGGUAAAAGAAGGCUUCAUGAGGAUAAUACUCCCCACCGGGGGAAAAAGCCCAAAGGGGGGGUAGCAAUGACAAGGGCAAUACCCACCGGGUUGAGCAGCCAUGGAGGGAAGAGCUCCACUGUGGGUGACGCUGCCAUAAAGUGGACGGCUUCGGGAGGGAGUGCGAAAAGCCGAAGCAACAGUUGCAGCGGCAUCUCCGAGGGGAGCGACCAGUCAGAUUCGCUUUCCUCGGGGAGGUCCUCCUCGACGGAUUACCUCUCCCAUGAUAAGGGGGAGAAAAGGGGGAAGGUCAAAAUGGAGCGGCCCCCGCGGGGAGCGGCGGGUAAAGCGGCCGCGUCGACUGCGGCGAGAGCGGCCACCGCUGCGAUUGCGAGCGCCACUUCGAGCGCCACCGCCGCUACCGCUACCGCGACCACCGCUAAGGGCGGCGCCAAACGGGGGCGGUCGCCGGAGGAGCCGAGCGGGGAAAGGAAAAAAUACAGCGGGGUGAUGCUCCUGCACAGGUUUAAAAUAAACUACCAAAGCCUCACCGAAACGGAGAAGAAAUACUACCGCUACAUGAUGAAGAAGCUGCACGUGGGGUACGAUCACGAGAGGCACAUCUUCUAUGCAGACGACGAAUUCACCAAGUGCUUUACAGAAAGGGUGCACCAAGAAAAGGGGAAUUUUAACCCCCUGGGGUAUUUAGAAUAUGCCUGCUUCUACAUCCUUGAGUGGUUAACCCCUACACGGGAGGAAAAACUGUUAAAGCAAAAAGCGUUGAUCAAAUUGGAGAUCGUGGUGAAGUCUCUCUUUCCAAAGGCUACGAUGCAGCCGUUUGGUUCCUUCGUCACAGGGUUGUCUAUCCCGGGCAGCGACCUCGAUGUGUGCUUUCUGGGCAUCCCCCUGGAGGACCUCGACGCAUUGCUAAUCAUUUCAUACGCCCUAGUAAAACUAGACAUCGUAGCGGAUAUACGCCUAAUAAAAGACGCGAGGGUAAAAAUUCUAAAGUACAUAGACCGCGAAACGGGUGUUCAGGUGGACGUCUGUACCAAUCAGCUUUCCUCUAGACAGACGACCGAUUUUAUAAAAAGUAAAUUGCAAAAAUUUAUAUAUAUGAGGCCCCUUGUCAUUCUAUUAAAGUUUUUUCUUAACACAAGAAAUUUGAAUGAAACGUAUAUAGGUGGGAUUGGUUCUUUCCUCCUCUGCUGUAUGGUUUUGCAUUUUUUACAGCUGCACCCGUCUACCUUCGAUUGGAAUGUCUUCAGCAACAGCUGCCUGGUGAAGUUGCUCCUGGAGUUCUUCAGCUUCUACAGUAUAGACUACAACGUGGAUUUCAACUGCUCCGUUUUGCGAGGCCUGGGGCAUGUCAUGCCGAGGUACAUGAGGAGAGAGUUCGAACGGAACAAUCGCCUCUGCUUUGAGAACCCAGUGGAUACCUCUCUGGACAUUGGCAAGAACGCCUACAAGAUCAGGUACGUCUUUUACCUCUUCAGCCACCAGUUCUGCGCGCUGGCGAGCCUGAUCAAGGGGGUGAGCGGGGGGGCGGCGCGCGGUAGAGCGGCGCGCGGAGCGGGGGAGAAGCUGGGCGGUUACGAGGAACGUGGUGCGGAAGAGAAGCAGAGCGGCAACGCGGGGGAGAAGCCGGGCCGCUUCUCCGAGGGCGACAAGCUGGACGCGGGCGGCCGCAUGUUCCCCCUCUUCUUCGCCAACUUCCUCAACCCGGACAGCAUCGUCUUCACGAAGCGCCUGAAGGCGGACUUCCCCAACCCGCAGUGGAACGUCGGCCACUUCGAUUUCGUGGUGACCACGGAGGAGAAGCACCUGCUGCUGGAGAUGCUGCGGGACGACUGGGCCUCCUACUUCGAGCGGGGCCUCCCCCGCGCCUCCGCGGCCCUCUUCGCCGCCCUCGACCGGGCCUUCCCCUUCUCCCUGGACCUCUACAGCAACGCGUUCAGGUAUGCCCAGCAUGCGGUAAAGCGGUGA